GCUACGUGUUGCGCGCCUAUAUAUGAGUGCCCGCGACACACACUCUCGUCUCGUCUUGAUCGCGCAGCAGAACUGCUGGACGUCACUCGCGGUGCGUAGAGUACAGCAAAACAACAAUAACAACAAUAAUGAUGAUUAUUCGUUAUUAGACGAGCCAAAAGGUAUCCUGCUGCAGUCGAUCGAGCAUAACGACGACUACGCCCAUAAUAAUAAUGCAAUCGCCGUCGGUCGUCAGUCGUCGGUUGUCAGUCGUUGUAUAUGGUGUGACUCGUCACAAAUCACAACAAAUAGCGAGACGACGACGACAGCGAGAUGCACAACAAUAACAACACGGCAGUCGGAGCAGCAGCAGCAGCAGCAGCAGCAGCAGCAGCGGACGACCAAAGCACGAGCGACUCUAGUCGUAAACAUAAACACGUUGCGCUACUAGCUUUUGUUGUGUGUACGUAG